AACUCCAGUCAACAACAGUCUCUGAAAGUGACUGCACUGACAUUAGAGUGUUGUACAGGAGUUAUUGUUAAGUGACACAUUAUUUUUCUGAACUCUAACUUUUUAUAUAAAAAAUUAAUUCUUCUUUUGAGUAAUUUAUUCUGAAUUAGUGAAAUGGAUUUUAAUUCAGAUUAAAGAGAAAGUUUAUUUGCUUGAUGAAGAUUAAUUUUCAAGAUUUACUCAUUUUCUGAAAUAAAUUACAGAAAUGGAUUUCAAAGAAUUCAUUUUGAUAAUCUAUGAUAUUUUAGUGUUUUUAUGGCUCUCAAUUGUUUAUAUAGCAGAAGCUUUAAUCCUUUGUUUAAUUCCACGACAGUAUCUAAGUAAAGACAUUAGAGGAGAAGUAGCAUUAGUUACUGGUGGUGCAGGUGGAUUAGGAAGAUUAAUUGCUAAGAAACUCGCAGCUCUCGGUGCUCAUGUUAUCAUCUGGGAUAUUGAUAAAUUAGGUAUUCAAGAGAUAGUAAGUGAAAUACAGAGCACUGGUGGUAAAUGUACUGGAUAUGUUUGUGAUAUUACCAAUAAGGAUGAAGUUUACAAUACUGCUAAAACAAUUAAAAUUGAAGUUGGAAAUGUAACGAUAGUUGUUAACAAUGCGGGUUAUGUUUGCGGAGAAUUAUUUAUGAAUCUUCCUGAUAACGAAAUUGAAAGAACUUAUCAAGUCAAUAUACUCUCACACUAUUGGAUAAAUAAAUCCUUUCUCAAAGAAAUGAUGAAAGAAAAUCACGGUCAUAUUGUAACUAUUGCAAGUGUUGCCGGACUAUUAGGUACAUAUAGGUGUACAGAUUAUUCUGCAACAAAGUUUGCAGCUGUCGGAUAUCAUGAAAGUCUUUUUUCUGAGCUCCAGGCACAUGGCUAUAAUGGAAUUCAUACAACUCUUAUAUGUCCAUACUACAUCAAUACAGGAAUGUUCUCUGGUGUAAAACCUAGGUUAAUGGCAAUGCUUGAGCCCGAAUACGUUGCAGAAGAGAUUGUGAUUGCUAUUUUGACCAAUCAAAUAUACGUAGUCUUACCAAAUAGUGCUAAAUUUUUUUUGCCUCUUAAAAACUGGUUACCACCGAAAUUGGCCUGGGCUGGGAUGUACAACCUUAUCAAAGGUCCUCAAUCGAUGAUGACAUUUCAAAAAAUAAAAAAUCAAUAAUACCUACACUUGUACUUAUUUGGCACUUAUACUUUAUUGCAAACAAUAACAAUUGGUCAAACACAUAACAUAUGUAAACAAUCAUAAAGACACCAGUUAAUAGUA